AUGACUGAUACAUUGCCAGAUGGGAAAAAUUCCAAGGCCUUCGCGGACAAUUAUUUCUCUUCUGUUGCACUUGCUGAAAAGUUGAAGAAGCACCAAAUAUAUUACAUUGGCACAGUCAAGAUGAAUCGUGUGACUGGAAACAAAUUGCUGAAACCCAAGGAAAUGAAAAAGACUGCUCGAGGACAUUGUGUUGCCCAGGUUGAAAGAAACACGAAUGUGGUAUGUGUCCAGUGGAAUGACAACAAAGUAGUUGGCCUUAUUUCAUCCUAUGUUGGGAGAGAACCCAUGACAGAGGCAAGGCGUUGGGAUAAGAAGGAAAAGAAACAUGUGCAAAUCCAGAAGCCAAAGAUUGUGGAAGAGUACAAUAAGUUUAUGGGAGGCAUUGACCUUCUAAACAUGUGUACAAACUUGUACAAGUACAAUAUAAAGUCUCGUAGGUGGUAUAUGUAUAUAUUCUUUCAUUCCUUACACUUGCCCUAGUAAAUUCCUGGUUUCUGUACAGAAGGUACCAUCAAGAGCAAGGUACAGAUAAGAAAGAAGUGCUCCCUCUCAGGAAAUUUCAAGCUGCUUGUGCGUAUGCUCUGACCUCAGCCGGCAAAGGAAAGAAGCGAACAUGUGGUCGCCCAUCAUUAGAAGAGCAGGAAAUUUUGGAAGCAAACAGGUCCCAGAAGAAGAGGUAUGUUGGUGUACCUGAAGAUGUCCAGAAAGAUGACUUUGACCACUUCCCCAUGUAUAACCCAACACGUCAAUGGUGCAAGGUUUGCCCAACAAAGAAUUCUGCUUUCUCACACAUCAAGUGCAUGAAGUGCAAUACUCACCUGUGUUUGAAUAAAGAUAGAAACUGCUUUGUUAAAUUUCAUAAAUGA